AUGUAUAUUGCUUAUGAGAGGAGUGACCAAUAUAGAGCAACAAAGAAGUUAAAACAUGAUGGCAACAAUACAUCAAGAAUAACCGGUACGAAGAAGUGUGGUUGUCCUUUUGAUAUGAGGGCUCAUAGGUCUACCACAAAUGAUGAAUGGACAUUGACUGUAGUAUGCGGAUUGCAUAACCAUCCACCUGCGGAGCACCUUGGGGGACAUUCAUAUGCGAGGAGGCUGUCAAAGGAUGAGAAAGCAUUGUUAAUGGAAAUGUCAAAGAGCAUGGUUAGGCCAAAAGAUAUCCUAGUAACCUUGAAACAACGAGAUACCCUCAAUAAAGCUAGCUUUCAUGAAUGCUAUACAAAAGAUAUUCCCGAGUGGCAGACAUUUAUUGUGUCGUUGGCACAUCAAUCAUUACUUAAGGAAUUCAGUAGUUAUCCCGAUGCAGUGAACUACGUCAUGGAUACUUGGUUGGUUCCUUACAAGGAGAAAUUUGUGACGACAUGGACAGACACGGCUGAGAGUGCACAUGCAAAACUUAAAAGACAGUUGGGUUCUUGUCAAGUCUCAUUUGAGGCAUCAUUUGAAAAAAUACACAGUCUGCUUGAGUUGCAACACACUGAUAUCAAGGCUUUGUUUGAGAAAAGUCUAAUUGUUGUGCAACAUCAAUUCAAGCCUUCUCAGUUUAGGGAGCUACGGGGUAAUGCGUCUAUUUCUGCAUUAGAGUAUUUGCUUGUAGAGAGUAAUAGAGCCAAUUCUAUUGGUAUUGAUGUUGAAACUUGUGGAUGCGUCCUUUGCUACACUCAUGGUUUACCUUGUGCCCAUGAAAUUUCUAAUUACAUCAGACAAGAUCGUUCUAUACCACUUGCUACCAUACACUCACAGUGGAGGCAACUUCAUAUCUCUAUAUGCAACAAAGAAAAGGAAACGAAGGUGACUUGUCAUGCAGAAGUAGAGUUGUUUGUGAAAAAAUUCAAUGAAAUUGAUAGAACUAUACGAUUGGAGUUUUUGAAGAAAUUGAAAGAGAUUGUAUGUCCAGGAAGCACUUUUCUAGUUGAGCCGGAGGUGAAGCCCAAAACAUGUUCUUGGGGUCGUAAGAAGAUCAAUGUUUCUACCCGUCGUGACCCGUGUGCAUUUGAGUUAGUGUUGAAACCAUACAUUAAGUUUGCCAAGGAUGUAGCUAUAGAUGGGAAUUGUGAUUUCUGGGCUAUAGUUGCUUCAAUUGGUCAUACAGAAGAUGAUUGGGCUCAGGUUAGGCGUGAUCUUUUGGGUAAGCUGCACACACACAAAGAGGAAUACAUUACACUCUAUGGGUCCUACGCAAGCAAUCUCUCACCUUUUUACCUCUUAGAACAGUGUCAGUACCUCAACUUGAUAGACAUGAGAUUGUCAUUGGGUUUGUCAAUAGAAAUCAUUUUGUCUAGGUAUAAGAGAAACUUAUCAUUUUGUGCAUAUACAGAAAGUUAUGAGCCAGGCUAUCCAGUUUCUUCUAUAGCCACUAAUUGGCGAAAAUACCGUCACCCUUGCGCUGUCGACUGGGAUGAUGCAUAUAUGCGCUGUAUUCAGCAUUUCAAGGACAUCAUUCAUGAUACUGUAGCUACUUGA